AAAUGUCCAAACGGUUCGACUGAUAGUGAACUUCAUUCGAGGCAUCAGUAUCAUUUUAAUUAGCGCUAUAUCGGGAUCGGGACGCGAAGUUUUCCUAUUUUUAAUUAAUUUAAUGUCCCAACAAUGGAGAAAAUUCUCAAUGAAAUCAAAUCAUUCUUCAAGACACUUGUGUGCUUUUUGAUUGCUUGCUGCAUGGUGCCACUUCUUUUAAUGUCGUUCUUUUGUGUCCAUUAUUCAAAUCAACUUUUCAACUACAUCCUCACAGUCAAAUAUCCAACAUUGGAGAUUUCAAAAUCGAAAAAAAUUAGAACACUCAUCGACACACCUCGAAAUGCUGGUAUUUUUCAUUUCCUCUUGCAGUUACAAGGUCCGUGUGAUUUUGAAAAGAUCAAACAACACUAUGUUGAACAUUUGACAGAAUUGAGAAAUCCUAUUGGUGGAUUGCGUUUUGCGAAGCUACGACAACAAUUGAUAACAUGUUGGGGUCAUUAUGCUUGGGUUAAGGAUCAAAGCUCAUUCAAUAUUGACAAUCAUGUUAUUAUGAAUACAACAAACUAUCGAGGACGGAAAGUGAAUGAUGGGAAUAUUCAGGAAUUUGUAAGUGAUUUGGUUACGAAAUACAUACCCUCGGAUUUGCCGCAGUGGCAGGUCAUAGUGAUUCCGAUUGUGUCAACAUCAAGCGAGGAGGAUAUGGCGGACGAUCACUUUUACAUCUUGGUCAAGGUCCACCACUUGCUCAUAGCCGAACAAGACGGCUUGCACACCAGUGAAAUCCUAAUGCUCAACAGCUCCAACAAGCUAUCGAUUGAUGUCUACGGUGCGAAUCGAGAUAGUCCAAAACUCUCAUAUUUCGUGCGCAAGCCAGUUCAUAUACAAAACCUUUGCAAUUACAUUUGGUUGGGAAUCAUUAAUCGUUGGAAUGAAUUCACCUAUCACUUUGAUUCCUUAGAAUCACCAGAUGGAGUUCAAAAACUUCAAAUCGAUUGCAUAAGCAAACUGUUAUCGGUCCUACUCAUCACAGCUGUAACUGUCUUAAUUGACUUUUGGAGGGCAAACAAGGGUAUUAAAACAUCCUUUCGGGCCCGUCGUAAUCUCUUUUAUACCUUAGUUCGGAGAGAAGUAAUCCGAAGGAAUCUCACCUAUCCCGUUGUGAUAGACUCAAUUAUGACGUCAUUAUAUCCAUUUAGUAUAUUCAAAAACCUUGUUCGUAUAGCUUGGUAUAUAAAUGUGAGCUUAAUACUUCUGAUGCCGUAUAAGGUAUACCGAGAGCUUUUGGCAUGUAAGGAUAUCAUUUUGACAGGAAAUACAAGUCUGAAUACGUUUAGUGGAACUGCCGCUGUCUACAUUCCGCUCUUCAUCUACGCCCAAGUUGAGCUCAUCAAAAUCUGUUAUGAGAUAUUUAAGGCUCCGUGUAAUAUUUUCGAAGAGUUGUUCCAGUACCGCUCGAAGGAUGCCAAUAUCCUUCAGGUUAAGUCAUAUUCCGGUAGAAAAGUUGUGUCAUUCUCGAAGAUAAUCGAUUGGACAGAGAUAAGAAAACGUGUAGACCUCACCGGGAUGCGAGAGUCUGACUUUACCUUGGCCUGCAUAGCUGGAGCCCUGCACGAGUACUUCGAGGGCUUCGAAGGAUACCCUGUGCCGAAAGUGCUUAACACCACUUGUCGCACAAUGGCUAAGGGUUACUUCACUGAAAGAGAUGGUCGAAUGAAUCAUAUCGGUGGAGUGGUAUUCCUCCAGCUUCCUCUGAAGAAGCCAACACGUGAAAAUGCACUGGAAAUUCAGAAGAUUAUUGAACGGAUUCGCAUGAAGCAAGUUAUCGUAUAUCUGGCAUCCAUUGGUCAGACAAAAUUCGAUAUGCUCACAGCUCUUUUGCCAAGGACUGUAACGAAAAUUUUCAUCAAUUACUUUUCAUUCAAUUUUCCCGUCACUUUGACUGAGAUUUAUGGAAAUUCAUCAAAGUUCGAAACAGUUUGGGGCCAGAAUGUGGAGUAUGUGUUGCUUUUCAGGCCACCACAAUCAAAGACAUGUUUAUCUUUGAAUAUCCAUCGAUUUGGGGAAAAAAGUCGGUUAGCUAUCAUUGCUGAUACACAACUAGCACCGGAUCAUGCAAAAAUUUCAAGCUCCUUUGAGAAUUUUAUGAAGACUGUUAAAAUUUAAUUUUAUUAUAAUAAAUUAUUUAAAUCAUGACUUUUUUAAAAC